UGUUUUGUUUAAAAUUUCGGAAGUUUAUAAAUUCACAACUUGGAGUUUCAGUAGUUGUGUGUCUCUUUCAAAUCGUUGGUUUAAGUACUUCUUCCAAAGAUAACUCAUUUUGGUCGGCAUGAAUCCGAGGUUGAAGGUAGUUGCUGAUACAGGAGACGUCAAUGCAUUGUAUAGGCUGUUUCGAGAAAGUCCAGAAAUAUUGGAUAACAUGGAUAACAUUGAUAAGAAGAUUUCAAUGGUUGAUACUCCUCUACACGUAGCUGCAUGGGCUGGGCAUACACAUUUCGCAGUUGAAAUGAUUAGCUUAAAGCCAUCAUUUGGUCAGAAGCUAAAUCCAGAUGGACUAAGCCCCUUGCACCUGGCUCUGCAAAAUGGGCAUUACGAGACAGUGUUAAGGCUCAUAAAUAUUAACAGCAAUCUCAUCCGUGUCCAAGGGAAGGACAGAAUCACUCCGUUGCAUUAUGUAGCUGAAAAGAACCAAAUCCGUCUUUUGGCUGAAUUUCUAUGUGCUUGUCCAGAAUCCGUGCAAGAUUUGACAAAUCGAGGUGAGACUGCUGUGCAUAUUGCCGUGAGAAGCCAAAAUUUUGAAGCUUUUAAAGUCCUCUACGGAUGGAUUGAUAAGACAGACAAUGAAGCAGUGCUACAAUGGAAGGACGAGGAUGGCAACACAGCAUUGCACAUUGCAGCGUACACUAAUCAAUCUCAGGUUGUUAAGAUGUUGCUUAAACAGGUGAAGAUAAUAGGUGACAAGAAUAUGCAAGGUUCGACAGCUCUUGCUUUAACUAGUAAUGUAGAGAUCAAAAAAAUGUUAGCAGGAGCUUCAAGCGCAUUUACUAGGGCAUGGAGUCCUAAUUCAACUAGUGAAAAGGAUUUGGCAGACUUUGUAACGACAAAAAAGGACUCCGAUUUCUUUAACAUGAAGAAGAUGUCUGAUGAUCUGCGAAACACAGUACUAGUGGUAGCUACACUUGUUGCAACAGCCACCUACCAAGUUGCAGUGAACCCUCCUAGUGGUAUAUUCAAGGAAAUAAAUGGAAAGGAGUCACUAGAUGUGCCUACAUUUUUUUACUAUUGUCUUUUGUUCAUUAACUCCACAGCAUUUGCAACUUCAGUUGGAAUUAUUGUUCUCACCCUCCAAAUUAGGCUUCAGUUUCUGCUGCUGAGACUAUGCCUCUUAUUCCUCGUCUUGAGCUAUAUCAUUUCAGUGCUUUUCACAACACCAAACACACUCGGUGCUUAUAUUACAGUACCAUUGCCAUUCCUUUCCUAUCUAUUGGGGACAUAUUUUUUCUUUCGAGAAGUAUACAUCUUCAUCAGGAUGCCCAUUGGCAGGUAUAACCCUGCUCGCUACUUCCAGAUGCGAUACAAAAUGGUUGGUUGGGAAGCCAUUCAGUGAUCUCAUCUCAUCCGAUCCAUCCAAGAAACCCUAAAUUUUAAUUUUCAUUCAGGUCAUCUGGUUGACUAUAUAUAGCUUGCUUAAUUAAAAUCGUGUGUGUUAUCAGUUGUUGUAAUUUUCUAUUUUUACUUGUCUGAGAGUGUUGUUAAUGUAUUUUUUAUUUUGUUGUCCUGGCAAAAAAAAACUCACAAUACUGUUGGGGAGGCUCUACCUCUCCAACUUUCAUUGUGAAAGCUGAAGAGAUGGAAAUUAAGGCAUUGUUGGUGUGUUCUUCUAAUUUGUUUGCAUAUAAACAAUUUGAUGUGCUUGAUUCUACGUACAACUUGCCUUUAUACAUGCUUUAAUUACUUUAAUUUUCUUC